GCCUCCUGCGGCUCUCCCGCACAGUCCUCGGUUUCAAUCUCUCCGCAUACGUCACAAAUCCAGUGGUUCAAUCCACCCGACCAAAAAAGAAACAAAAAAUGGUCGAACUCUGUCCGCCAGCAGCACUUGGUCCCUUGCCUCCUCCUCUACAACUAUCGCCGCAGCCACCGCCGCCACUUUUCAAUCGCGAGGAUUCACGACCGCCAGCUCAACUACAGACAACGCCGAUACCACAAUCACAGGAACAAUCCUCCCUUAUCAUAACCCCAGACCACAUGCCCCAGGGUUUGUAGUUCCUCGUCAUCCCCAUCCUUGUGCUCUCGGGGCGAGCAUGCCGAUUAACCGGCAAACAGAAAUCCACAUCUCACUCGCCGAAUAUGUUGCUCUAACCUCCGGGCGGACCUCCUCCAACUGGUCCUUCGCUCACGGUCUCCUCCUCGGCCAGCUCAGCGUUCUAUUGUUGACGAUAGUCUUCAUCCGCUUCUUCAUCUUCGGUCCGACACCGUCGACGCCUCCGCCGCCCAACCGGCGCAUCACCAAGAAGCGAUCGUCCUUGCUUCGCGCUCCCCCACCGGCGACCAUCGGCACGAUCCUCAACAAAACAUACUACAACGUGUCCUCGCACCAGCCCGAGUCCCUCGACUGGUUCAACGUCUUGAUCGCACAAACGCUCGCGCAAUUCCGCGCGGACGCGGUAGCAGACGAUGCUUUGCUCAACUCUCUGCGCAGCGUUCUCAACAGCGGGAAGAAACCCGACUUCUUGGGCGAGGUGACGGUGUCGGAGGUUGCGCUGGGCGACGAGUUCCCGAUCUUCAGCAACUGCCGGAUCUCGCCCUCGGAGGAUGACCCGGGUCAGCUGCAGGCCCGCAUGGACGUCGACUUGAACGACGUGCUCACGCUGGGGAUCGAGACGAAGCUGAUACUGAACUGGCCGCGGCCGAAGGUCGCGGUGCUACCCGUCGCCCUCGCAGUGUCCAUCCUGCGCUUCUCAGGGACGCUGCAGAUCGCGUUUAUUCCUAGCCCCGAGGGCAGCGGGAAUUCGACCACGCUGGCGUUCAGCUUUCUCGAUGAUUAUAGACUCGAUAUCAGCGUGCGCAGCUUGCUCGGGAGUAGAUCGAGACUGCAGGAUGUGCCCAAGAUUGCGCAGCUCGUCGAGAGCAAGCUGCAUCAGUGGAUCGAUGAGAGAUGUGUCGAGCCGAGGUUUCAGCAGAUUGUUCUGCCAAGUUUGUGGCCGAGGAAAAAGACGACGAGGGAGCAGCAGAGGGCCGGCGAAGAGACGGACAUGCUCGAGCUUGCGCCGGAUGGCGUCAGGAGGCGGAGGGGGACUAUGAGUGGGUAAUUUGCCGUGAUGUGAAUGGUUAUGUUGACGAAUGAUGAUGAGACGGUCUUUUUUCUUCUUUUUUUUGAACACAAUUCCUCCGUAUCAAUAAGACUGGCUAGAUGGAAUGAUCAACUUUUUUUUUGUAAAAGUAGGUGAAGGACAAGCAGCAUCCAUAGCACAGUUCAGUCCC